AUGGAUCGGGGACAGCUUGAUGCGAGCGAGUAUUCACGAAGGCUCCAGAGUCGAUACCUAGGUAGAGAGUGCGGGCCUGACAGGAGGAAGAGCUUUGCCCAGGCGCAGCACAGUGUGUCCAUGGCUCAAUACAGAGCUAACGAAGAGCAGCCGGGGCUGGAGGUUGCCCGCGAAGCUGAAGCUCCUCAGGUGCAUUAUGAGCAGGGUUUGGAAUUCAACCCAGCACAGCACAACUCCAACCUCGGACACUACAAUGCACAUCCAUACGGGCAGCAAUACGGACCGCCGCCUCAGUUCGACCCUUACAACCGACAAUCAUACAAGACAGGAUCAUCACCAGCUUUUUCAUUCUUGACGCCGGCGAGUGACGGCAAGAUACUAUUUGACGGAGCACCACCCACGGGGAGGGAGAAUAAUCCGGUCGAUGAGCAUGUCCUCAAGAUAGGAAAGAGGAAGCUCUGGUUGAUACUAGGAGCUCUAGUAGCCAUACUAGUAUUGGGAUUAUCUCUUGGUCUCGGCCUCGGCUUAGGCCUGGGCCAGAGUGGUGAUGGAUCAAGCAGCGGGUCCUCCCCUUCAUCAACGCCGAGGCCUUCUUCAGCGUCUGUUCCCGAGUCGUCGAUAUCCUGCCCUACGUCAAAUGGAACGACAUUCACAUCGGAAACAAACCCAGUCGAAUUUAACAUCUCCUGUGGUAUCGACUACAACGGCAAUGCUGACCACAACACCAAGGAUCUGGCUCACAUGGAGACAGACAGAGCUGAGGACUGCAUCAACAUGUGCGCUUCGAACGAUAGCUGUGUGGGUGCUGGAUGGGGCUGGUACCAACCGGAUUCCAGCGUGGCGGGUUCUGAUGUCUGCUGGCUCAAGUCAAAACUGGGGACUUCGCAUGCGGCGAUUCAGGAUUGGAUUUUUGUUAUCAAGCAAUAG